AUUUUUGUCUUUUUUAUUUCUGGAAUGCAGAUAUUUAUUUAACUGUAGUUUUGAAGGAUUUGUUGUAUUUAUUUGUUUACCAAGAUGGGUUGCGCUGGAUUCACCUGCUCCAAACACUCCCUGUGCGCGCUCAACAUCCUCUAUGUAAUGGUGAGCCUGCUGAUGAUCGGCAUCGCAGCAUGGGGGAUGUGGUUCGGUUUGGUCUCCAGUUUCCAGGUGGUGGGGGUCAUCAUCGGUGUGGGCGUCUUCCUCUUCUUCGUGGCCCUCGCCGGACUCAUCGGGGCCAUGAAGCAUCACCAGGUCCUGCUCUUCUUCUACAUGAUCAUCCUGUUCAUGGUUUUCAUCGUGCAGUUCUCUGUCUCCAGUGCCUGUUUGGCCAUUAACAGGGAGCAACAGGAUCACCUGCUGGAGGUGGCCUGGAAUAACUCUCAGAGCACUCAGAGGGAUGUGGAGAAGAGCCUUAACUGCUGUGGCUUCAAACAGUUGGACCCCAACCGCACCUGUGACGCUACUUGUUUCCCCAACCACUCGUGUAGGCCCUGUGCAGAUAAGAUCCAGGCACAUGUUGGAGAGGCUCUCCGCUUUGUGGGAGGGAUCGGACUCUUUUUCAGCUUCACCGAGAUUCUGGGAGUGUGGCUGACAUAUCGCUACAGGAACCAGAAGGACCCCAGAGCAAACCCCAGUGCUUUCCUGUGAGACAGCGCCACUGUGAACCUCCUCUGGGCUUUAACUGUAAAUACAAGACUGACCUGUGUGUCCACUGACUGCAGCAGCCAUGCUGUUAUAACAUGUUUGGUUUUCACAAGUGAAGUGUGUGAAGGAACACAUGUUGCUUGCAGUGUGACAGCUCUGCAUAAGAAAAGUGUCUGAUACUGAACAAGGUGAACAGUUAUACACUGAGCACAUGUGGGUGUAAGAAGAGGGAAUAUUGUUCACAGCGGUCUGCUGUAUAUUUCAGCCUGCCCGAUGUUGACCUGUUUUUUCCCCCCCUUUUUUGUUGUUUGUUUAUUCUAUAAAACAGUCAAUCCCACUGAACGCAAUAAUGUCAGCCACUGCUCUGUAUAUCAGUGACUAAAUUAUUUUCACCAUGUAGGAAAAUGUGAAUAUUGUGUGAACCUGGGAGUGUUUUUUGCUUAUAUGAGAAUGUGUGUGUGUUUGUUACCACUAGUUUAUUUUGCUCUUGGCUGUGUUCUGUCUAUUUGGCCUUUUGCAUGACUCUCCUGCAAUUAUACUGUAAUGAGCUACUGUAUGACAACUGCAACAGCACCCAUCUGAGCCUUUGUACUGUAAAACACAAUUAAAACACUAAUGGAAGAAAAAUAAA